UUCUGUUUCUCUCUCUAAAAACUAGAGAGGGAAAGAGAGAAUGGGGGUAGGGUUUCUUUCUCCUUCCGGAGGAAGUAAAAGAGAGAAUGGCGUAUUGUUACUUAUGGUUAUGGAGGAGUUGAGCGCCAUUAUCUCACUCUCUCUCUCCUCCUCGCUUCAUUCGAUCUCUCUCGUUUCUCUCUCUAUUGUUCCAGUCUGCAUGCUCUUUGGGGUUUUCAGAUUUAUUGAAGUGGCCUGAGUCGUCAUUCAACCCUAAGUUUACUAGCAAGGGUUCAGUUACAGUUCUCCUUGCUUUAAUGGAAUCAGAUAAUUGCAAGACUGUAAAUCCAGGGAGACAAAGGAGAGUUAUGGGUGUUUCAGAUUUGGGCAACAAGAAAUCUGACGUUACUGAGGUUAAGUGGAAGUUGGGUAAAAAGGGAAGAGCCUUAGUGGGAAGAUAUGUGAAAAAGGAUUUUGCUGCAUGUGGGGCUUUUCUUGGAAAGAUUGUCGCUUAUUAUGGUGGGUUUUAUAGAGUUAGAUAUGAGGAUGAGGAUGGUGAGGACUUGGAGUAUCAUGAACUCUGUGAUAUUAUCGUUCAAGAGGAAAAUUUUGAUGCUGAACUCUUUAAUCGGAAGAGAAAAUUAGACCAAUUAAUUGUAUCGUGCGUGGAGGCUGCAUCAAAGCAUCCAAAUACUCGCUCUAGUAGGAAUUCUCUACCUGGAAAUGGCAUCAAUGAAGUACCAAAACCUUCUCAUAGUAAUUCUGCCAUUGUAGCUGAAGAUGGCAUUGCAAAUAAAAGUUCAGAGGUUGUUCAGAGCAACCCAUCAAACGAGAGGGGUGGUCAUCUGGCUGAACAUGGGGUUCUUAAAGAUGCAGGUUGGUCUAACCUUUUGGAGCUUGAAAUGGAUGGUCAUGGAGCCCGUUUUGCUAAGGAAGAAGCAAAUUCUUCGAUUGCAUCGGCACACCAUUUGGGACAUGGUUUACAUGGUGGGGUUACACACCGCCCAAAAAGUGCCGCUUCUUGUUUGAGUGGAGAGGUUGAUUCUUCUAGUGAUUCUUCAGAUUCCCAGCACUGUUACCACACUAGAGAACCAUUUUCCCAGAUUGAUGCUCCCCCUUCAUUGCCUCUUAUUCUUCCACCAUCAUCAGAUAGUCUUGCGAUUCCAGAGGAACUGGUCCCUGAUCUGCUUUAUGUAUAUUCUUUCUUGAGAUCUUUUAGUCAUCAGCUAUUCUUGAGUCCCUUUGUUCUUGAUGAUUUUGUGGGUUCCCUCAAAUGCAUGCAUUCAAGUACUCUGUUUGAUGCUGUUCACUUUUCGCUGUUACGCACUUUGAAGCGCCACCUUGAGAUGCUCUCAAAAGAAGGUUUCGAACUUGCAGCAAAGUGCCUAAGGCAAUUGGAUUGGACCUUUCUGGACUCACUUACCUGGCCAAAUUACUUAAUGGGUUACCUUAUGGUUAUGGGUUCAAGCAACAGGGUGGGAACGAAACUGAAUAUUGGUUGUCUUUUGGACAGUGAUUAUUAUGGCAUACCUUUGCCCAUGAAAAUAUGCAUUUUGCGAAUCCUAUGUGAUGAUGUUUUAGAAUCUGAGGAGCUGAGAGCAGAGGUAAGCACGCGGGUAAGGUUGGACCCAGAUGUGGAAUUUUUUGAUGAGCAAGAGUGUCGUGAUCUUUUUGCAAAUGGACCCACAAUCUUACAUCCUCGACAUUCCAAGUGGUCUGCUUUCGAAAGGGAAGAAUCUCAAAAGAGGCUUGUUGAGCCCAAUGAUUCUAGAGACAAUAAGAUUUUGAUGCCAGAUAUGAGUGGAACUGUUGCUGCUUCUGAUUUGAAUAGUGAUGAAUGCCGACUUUGUGGCAUGGAUGGGAGUCUGAUUUGUUGUGAUGGAUGCCCUUCUGCUUAUCAUUCGAGAUGCAUUGGUCUGAGUAAAGCUGAUUUGCCUCGGGGAUCAUGGUUUUGUCCAGAAUGUGCUGUGGAUAAAGUGGAGCCAAUGUUGUCGAAAAUUGGGAAAGGACUAAGAGGAGCAGAGGUCUUUGGUGUUGACCCAUACGGGCACAUCUUUUGUGGGACUGGGAGCUAUUUGCUUGUGUCUGACACUACAUGUAGUUCUUCUCGAUAUUAUAAACAAGAUGAUAUUCCAAAGGUCUUGCAAGCAAUUGACAUGUCUACAGUACACUCGUCUUUCUACUCUGAGAUAUGCAUGCGGAUUCGACAAUACUGGGAAAUAUCGGAAGGCUUGAGCUUGUUAAAUCCUUCAUCAGCUGAUACACUUGAAGAAAAACCUCGUGAUGUAAAGGAUGAUGCUGUUAGAACUUCUUCACCAUGCACAGUUCUUGUGGAAGAUAAUCGCAAGUCCUUGAAUGAGGUGGGUGAAAUGGCUUGUGUUAAUAGUGUCACUGAAAGCAUCGCAGCGUGCCAAACUCCUCAAUUUAAAGAGAAUGCGGGCAAUGAAUCUGAUAUGAAGAUCUCACUGCCUUAUAUGGUGGGUACCGUUGACUUCGCAGAAAAGGAGCAGUGCAGUGUUGAUGCAUGUGAACGAUCUAUGAAAAAAGAAAAGGAUGGCCAUUUUGGUUUUGUAAUUCCUAUUCCAAUUGUACAAUCAGUCCAGGUUUCUGUCGAAGGAUAUCAACAGUGUGGUGCAGGUUCAAUCAUUAGUUCCAGAUCAUUAUCCCCUUGUGUGACUGAGAAUGGAAAAAUCCUAGCUGAAAAAUCUGUUGUAUCCAAGGUGGCUACUAGUGCAUGUCGACGUGAGGAGAACUGUGUUAAGGAAGAUGCUGAUGGCUCAAAUUUGCAUGUAAAGGACACAAAUUUCAUCUUAUCUAAUGGAAAUGGGCGAGUUCAGCAUAGCAAUGGUGGAAAGAAUAAGUCAGAGCCUGUAUUUAACUUUCAGGCUUAUGAAAAUCAGUACAUCCUUGGUGAUGUCGCUGCAUCUGCAGCGGCUAACUUGGCUGUUUGUGAAGCUGAGGGUUGUAGAACGUUCUCAGCUUCCGUUUUUUCUGACCCCAAGAAAUUGCAUAAUGCAAGGGUUUCACUUCAAGUGAGAGCAUUUUCAGGAGCAACCAUGCAUUUCCAUUGGCCAUAUUCCGAGAAGAAAUUCAUGGAGGUGGUAAAAGAAAAAUGUGGUUGGUGCAUUUCAUGCCAGUCUCCUAAUGCAAAUAAGAAGGUCUGCUUACUAAGUUCAGCUGCUACCAGUGCCAUGAGAGGUGCGGUGAAAAUUCCUUACAGUAUUCGUGUCAUGGGGAGUGAGGAGGGUUAUCUUUCUUCAGUGAUAGCUUACAUUUUGCACAUGGAAGAGGGUUUACUUGGUUUGGUUGCUGGUCCUUGGGCACGUCCAAGUUAUAGGAGACAAUGGCGUAAGCAUGUUGAGCAAGUCUCAUCUUGCAAAGAAUUGAAGUUGCUUCUACUUGAACUUGAGGAGAAUAUUCGUCCAAUUUCACUCUCAGGAGGUUGGUUUAAAUUGGUGGAUGAGUAUGUCCUAGAGAUUUCUGCGACGCAAAUGGGAGCCGUCUUGGUUAAAUCAAAUUCAAAGCGUGGAUAUAUAGGUAGACGGAAAAAGAAACAAUCAGCAAUGUUGAGUGACAUUCCUCAUGUCCAGCAAGAAAGCAGAACUCAGCGAGAAAGCAAAACUACAUUUUACUGGUGGAGAGGGGGUAAACUAUCAAAGCAGCUAUUACUAAGAGGGAUCUUGCCUUCAUCAAUAGCAAAAAAAGCAGCUCGCCAAGGUGGCUUUAAAAAGGUCUUUACAGUUUCUUACAGUGAAAGUGUUGGAAUUCCGAGAAGAAGCUUUAGGUUUGCAUGGAGAGCUGCAGUGGAAAGGAGUAGGAAUGCAUCCCAUCUUGCUCUUCGGGUCAGAGUUCUUAAUGCCCACAUAAGAUGGAUGGAUCUUGUUCCUCAGGAGCAGUUCUCUAUGGAGGUAAAAAAAAAUGAUGCCGAUGCUGGCGCGUUCAGGAAGGCAUCCAUUGUUUUUAAAAAGGCAGGGACUAAUGAUGUGAGGUACCUGCUGGAAUUUAACGGUCUCACAUGCAUUCCUGAACGUUUAAUGAAGUAUGUUAUUAAAGAUGAAACUUGCAAUGUUGGGAACAAGGCCUGGUUCUCCGAAAAUCACAUUCCUCUGUACCUGACAAAGAAAUUUGAAGAGAGGUUAGCUUUGUCAUUAGAAAUUAAGCCUUCAAAGAUACCCAUGAAGAUCCAGAGAAGGCUGAUAAAUUCUCCUCGGGGGAAUGCAUUUGAAUAUCUCACUUAUGGGGCAGAAAUGGUUUAUAAGUGUUUAUGUGUUCAAUGUCAAAAGCCUGUCCCCAACAGUGAGGCUGUCAAGUGCGGAACAUGCCAAGGGUCUUGUCACAAGGAGUGCAUGGUGUCAUCAACAUUUUACCUGGGAGAUGAACCCAAAUUGAGAGUCACAUGCAUCCAGUGUCAUUCCAACUGGUGUGCCGUGAGAACUGUAGGCCACAAAAUGAAGUUGAAAGCGAGAGAGCCUCUUCAAGGUGUGGAACAAUUUGACUUGCAAAGUCCUGAAGCUAUGAAUCAGAAUGGCUAUCGGGUUACUGAAUCACUUUCUAAAAAGAGGCGCAUUACUGAUUCGCUUUCUAAAAAGAGGCAUAAUACUGACCCACCUUCUAAAAUAAUGCGUAAGAGAUCUGCUACUGCUUUUGGGGUUAUAUGGAAGGGGAAUGAAAGCCAGUCUGGAGAAAGUUUCAGGGCUAACCGCAUUCUACUUAGAAGCAAUGGAGGAGUGGAUCCUCUGCAGUGUCCGGUGUGUAUCCUUUGUUGCGAGCCAUACAAUCCAGAUCUGAUGUAUAUCAAGUGUGAAGCAUGUGACAGAUGGUACCAUGGAGAUGCACUUGAGGUCUUGGAAGCGCAAAUCUUUGAUAUCGUGGGCUUCAGGUGCUGCAAAUGCCGUAAGAAAAGCAGCCCCAUCUGUCCCUACACAAGUCCUGAGAAGUUGGCUCCUAGGCUAAAGAGGAUGGGAAAGACGGUCUUAAAGGCAACUAAUGGGUCUGAUACAGUGGUUGCCUUAUCUGAAGAUGCUUUAGACGCAAGCCCUGAUAGGUUGUCUUCUAGGCUGAAGAGGCAAGCGAAGAAGGCGCCAAAGGAAACUAAUAGGUCUGAUUUAGUGGUUGCCUUACCUGAAGAUACUUUACAACAUAUGGUAGGGGAGCCAACACCUCCACUAUUGCAGGGAUAUUAUGGAACAGAUGCUGGUCUUCUAGCUGAUGAUGAUCCUCUUCUAUUUUCCCUUUCAAAAGUGGUGCCCAUCACUGAGUGUGAGACAUCUGAUGAUUCAAUUCAAUUGCAUACAAGCGGGCCAUUAUACCAAAGCCCUAAAAAGCUACCAGUUAGAAGAAGGCAUGCAAAACAAGAAAACAACUGUGACGAUGUUUUGGCAAAGCCAGUUGAUGAGGAGGCAUAUACUCCUCAAGCUGAAUGGGACUUGGCUCCAACGGCUACCGCUGGAUUGAGAGAUAGUGGAAUUGUCCAAGAAACUCAGUAUUUGCAGUAUACAGGAGGUAGUGUUGAGAAUAUGGAGCUUGAGCCCCAAACCUUCUUUUCUUUUACCGAGAUGUUGGAAUCAGAAGAUGAUAGGGUCGAGGAUUUUGUUGACAUGUCGAUAGGUGCCCCUAGUGUUUGGGUCGAUCCUACCCAACCUCAAUCGUCAGAAGCUGGGGAUCUUUAUGGUUCUGAAGGAUCGUAGCAAAUUGGUUUUGGUGGUGGGGUGAUUUUGAUGCUUAAUAUGAGUGUUUGGUGAAUGGGUGGGUUUUGAGGAUUCUUCUCACACCAAGAAACCACAAUUGGGUAAAACCCAGUCCUACCUGGUUCUCUAUUAACAAUUGUCAUUUCUUGAGCCUUUCUGGUGAAAUCAAGAGAAUAGAGUUGAAAUCAUAAUUUGCCAUUCAGGUUUGCUUUUUUCUUAUUAUAUAAUUUUUUAUUUUAUUUUAUUUUAAGUUUUGGGUGGUCCAUCGAGACAGGAAAUCAGGUGACUGUUAAAACUGGCAUCAGGCCGUGUAGGAUAUUAGCAAAAGAGCUCAUCUUUCCAUGGUAGUUAUGGUUGCUGGUAUUGAGGAUAACUGUAUUUAGGAUGAGGACUUGGGUGUCUUGUUACAGGGAAGGCUCCCUGCAUUUUGAGGCUUCUUUUCUUAUAUAUGAUGUUGUGCAAGAUGUGACAAUGUGCUCCUUGACUUGCUUGAGAAAUCGGAUGUUGGGCUUGUGUACAUAAGAGGAUUGAUUUCUCAUCUAACAUCGAACCAUCUGAACUAUUGAAUGAAUCAAGACAGUGUACAUUGUUGGUUGAGGAGAAAAAGAAUAUACUGCUCAAUUUUAAAGAAUUCAAUUUUUGUCCAAUAAAUCAGACUUCAGUCAUCACAGUUUUCAAACUUAUUAAUCCCCUGUAUUUUUCUUCUUUUUGAUUCUCCUUUUGGGGAUGGAUGUUAGUCUUGUAAUUGUAUUUCAAGAUUUUAAUAUCUUCUCUACAGACUGUUGUGGUUGAUGAAUGGCAAUUGAAAUUCUGUUAUGGCA